AGAAACAAAGCCUUGCAUGACCGGCAUCCCAAACAAAGGCAAUACAUGCUACUAAAGUAGUUACACUGCAGAGCAAAGUCGUAGAUCAGACAAAGGUGCAAACGAUGAAGACACGGAGAGUUCUCACGGCCAUUACCAUGGCAGUCAUUGCCUUCUUCUUCUCCGCCACGCCCCUACCGGUGGCUGCAUCGGUCGUAGAGCAUACCUUUGUUGUAAGCCAGAUGAAUGUGACACGGUUGUGCAAGGAGACACUGGUCACUGUUGUGAACGGGCAGCUCCCGGGGCCAGUGAUAGAUGUUACUGAAGGGGAUUCGGUGGUCGUUCAUGUCGUCAACAAGUCACCCUCCAACAUAACAAUCCAUUGGCAUGGAGUGAAGCAAUGGAUGAACUGUUGGGCAGAUGGGGUGCCGAUGAUUACCCAAUACCCUAUCCAACCGAACCACAACUUCACCUACCAGCUCAAUAUCACUGGGCAAGAAGGCACCUUGUGGUGGCAUGCUCAUGUUCCCGGCCUCCGAGCAACGCUGCAUGGUGCCUUCAUCAUUCGGCCAAGACAUGGAGCAAGUUCGUAUCCAUUUCCAAAGCCGCAUAAGGAGAUUCCCAUCAUCAUAGGGGACUGGUGGCAGAUGGAUCUUGCACUGCUGGAGAAGCACUUUAAGAAAGAAAUUGUUGAUGAUCUACCUGUUGCAGCCACAAUAAACGGCAAGAUAGGAGAUCUCUACAAUUGUUCCGGGGCAGUGGAAGAUGGCUAUGUGCUCGACGUGGAGCCUGGCAAGACAUACCUUCUAAGAAUAAUCAAUGCUGUUCUUUUCUCCGAGUACUACCUCAAGGUCGCCGGGCACAAGUUCACGGUAGUUGCCGCCGACGCCAACUACGUCAACCCCUACACCACGGAUGUCAUCGCAGUCGCGCCAGGCGAGACGGUGGACGCGCUCAUGGUAGCUGAUGCGCCCCAAGGUAGAUACUACAUGGUCGGUCUGCCAAACCAAGCGCCAUUGCCUGACCCGCAGAUCCCGGUCUUCAUCACGAGAGGGAUGGUGAGUUACAAGUCUGACAACAACCAUGGCGAAGAAGAAGGAGAUCCAUCCAACGAUGUCCCUAUGGUGCCUGAGAUGCCUGACCAGCACGACACCACAACCUCCUUCUAUUUCCACGGCAACCUGACUAGCCUGCAUCGACCUCAGCGGACGAAGGUGCCAGUGCAAGUUGAUGAGCACAUGUUUAUCACGCUUGGCUUGGGCUCCUUCUGCCCCCAUGGCCGGUCCUGUGAGAAGCGCUGGAGAGGGAAGUCCAUGGGAGCAGCGACCAUGAACAAUGUCUCUUUCCAGCUUUCCGCAGAUAUGGCAGUGCCACUGCUCGAUGCACAAUACUACCAUUGCAAUAGCACAAGCAGCAGCGGUGAUGGCAUCAAGUUGUACACGCUGCCGGACAAUCCACCGAGACCAUUCGAUUUCACCAACCCGGCCUUGACCCCGGAUGGCUCUGAAGCUGCGCUGCUGCAGAGGACAAUAAGGGCGACAGCGGUACGGCGGUUCCGGUAUGGCACCGUGGUGGACAUGGUGUUCCAAAGCACAUCGCUGUUGCAGACUGACUCCAACCCAAUGCAUCUACAUGGGCAUGACAUGUUUGUGCUCGCGCAAGGACGUGGGAACUACAAUGCGUCAAGGGACGUGGCGAGCUACAACUUGGUGGAUCCACCGAUGAAAAACACUGUGCUCGUCCCUAGGAUCGGGUGGGUGGCCAUCCGAUUUGUCGCGGACAAUCCAGGGGUGUGGUUCAUGCAUUGCCACUAUGAAUUUCAUUUGAUGAUGGGUAUGGCUGCAGUGUUCAUUAUAGAGGAUGGCCCAACAGUAGACUCUAUUCUUCCUCCACCGCCUCUUAACCAUCCGAAGUGCGGUCAUGUCAACAGCCUCAAGGCGAAUGAAUUAUACUUGUUGGACAAUAAAGUUGUGUCUCCAGCAUAAUUACCGAUUAUGACAGGGACAGCUUACUUGAAAUAAGGCUGAUGUAUUCAAAUGUAAUCCAUAUAUCUAUUGUUAUAAAAUCUUUCGCUUCAUAAUGUUUACUUAAA